CUUCCCUGUGAUCCUGUGCGAGAUCUUCCCCGCCUCUUCCUUCUCCAGGCGACGCAAGGCGAGCAGCGAGAGUAGCGGAGCUUCCUGUCUCUUUCCGGUGCGAUCACUUCUUCCUUUCACCGAUUCCACGAGUAUUUUGCGAAAUCAACGACCUGCAGCAGCGGGGCCUCUGCAGGAACACUUUCGAUGUUUGGCAUUUCAUUCGGACAGCUAUUUCUUGUUAUUGGAGCUGCUGGAGUUCUAGUUAAACCAAAAGAUCUCCCAAUUAUUGCAAAGACAGCUGGGAGAUUAGUAGGAAAAGCUGUGGGACAUGUCUUGUUGUUUCGUAGCCAGUUGCAACCUAUCAUACAACAAUCUGAAGCUACCAAGGUGCACAAAGAACUCCAAGAUGCCAUUGCUCAAUAUGAAGUAAUUCGUCACGAAAUUAGAAACUUGGGAUUUCUGCACCCAGAUCCAUUUAUGCGGAGGCUGGACAUUCCAGAAUCGCAGCAAAGCACCACUGGUUCUGAUAUUACUGACAAAACCAAUGAAGAAAAUGCACAAACCACUACAACCCCUCAGGUUCUCAAUCGAACAAAUUCAGCUUCUUCUAGAUUGCACGGCCAAGCAAGCUCAUAUGCCCAGCUAGUUCAAGAUUUAGCCACCAAAUCAGGAACCUCCAGUACUCAAGCAGAUGCAACGAAACCUAAUAUUAGUGUGGAUCUUGAUAAAGAAAAUUCAGCUUCUACUCUGCAUAGCCGAGCAAUUGCCUAUGCCAAGUUAGCUGAAGCUUUAGACAAUGAAUCAGGUCCUGCGAUUCACGAGACUGAAGUGAAACCUAAUGCCGAGGCCGGUCUGCCCAAUGUACUGCCUGUAUGUGCUGAAACUUUAGGAUUACUUCCCAAGCAUAGCGAAGAAAUAAAUGGCUCCGACAUUAUGCUCCAAGCAAUGUUGGAAGAACAGGUCGCACACAAGGCCAAAGACUUCUUCUCACAACCAGAGAAUCAAUUACCUACUCAAAAAUAAUCUAGAUGAGAAAUAAAAAGGGAAUGGGAAGAUACUGGCUAUUGAAAGAACAAGUUCAAGAAAAUAUAAAGCGAACCAUUUUCAGCAGCAACUUGUACAGCAUUGAUGUUUGCAGUCCCAUUAAGUGUGAGCAUAUGGGUACGAGAUCCAAAGCCUCCAACGCAAGACACCUGCAACAAUUUAUCUCCAAAUUAAGAGGAAUCCGGCAGCUGAUACCAUGAUGCGCAGAUGGCAUUGAUAUAGUCCUAACAAAGUUGAUCUAUUAGGUAUGUUUUUAUAUUCCAACUUUCAAAGAAGGAACGAUUGGAUCAGCUCGGUUAAUCUGCAAACUAGAUAAAGAUCUGACUAGGAAGUUUCGUUUCUAACUCUGUGAUGGAAAAACUUAGCCUGUGUUUGAUAACAAAACUUGACCUUGGCAAACUGUGCCAUGAUUAGAAGGUAAAUACAGUAAAAAGAACAGGCUUUAGUACUCGUAAAUACAGUAAAGUCUCCAAUAUGAAUGAAAUUUCCCUCUUGAAUAACAUGCAUAACCAUUUCGAUACCGUGUUAUUUACUAAUCAUAAUUGCAUAAGAUAUGAUAUGUCAAUGCCUAGCAUAACAUAAGAAACGAUUUUUUUUUGAUGUUUUGUAUCAUCCAACAUGUAGAAUAUUGCUUUUUUCUAGCAUUAGGAAU